AUGCCAGAUGAGCUUCCAAGAAAUAAACGGGAUUGGAGACAAGCAGCCACACGCAAUAAUAUCCAUCACACUCAAUCACUGACUGCUGGUCCCCCUUUGGUUAGUGGCAGCAAAUUCAAGUUUGGACAUUACCUUCGUCUACGCGUCCUGUACAUUGACGAACGAGACCCUGAAGAGUUGACUACAAGUCGCGGGUUCCCUAAGGAACGGCUUGAGGAAAUGAAGCAAAUUCUUGACAAGGACACUGAUGCGGCCUUUUUGAGGACUUUCUUACAAGAUAAGAGAAACAUCGAAACCUGCUGGAGCGUGGGAAAUGCAAGGAAGUCUGGCAUGUUUGCCGUUGCAUUGGAGCACUUGCAUCUCAUCUCGAAACGAGAGAACCGCCAAAUGGACGACAGCGAAGACGUAACCGACCUCAAGAUCGUUAUAAGCCCCCUCAAAACGCGGAGCAUGACUCAGUCGAGUGCACACUAUCGCGAGCGAAUACUUUCAAAUACGGUCCCUUCGACGCCUACCCCAAAGUCUCGAGAACCAUAUCGCGAGCCUCCACUCAGCGACUUCAGUGACGACUUUAGCAGCCUGAACCUGGAGUCUCCGGAAGACAUCGUUUCCGAAGCUGGCUCGGACCUUCGGAGAGCCAGGUACGACUUUGAGCGCUCCGACUUCACACCGGGAGAUGAGCAGACAGUCAACGCUGCCUUGGUGGCAUUGAUAAUGGUAUUGUCAUGGUUACUCGGCCGCACGGGCCGUGUUCAUCACGACCGAGCAAGAUUCAGUAUCUCCAAAGACGCUGAGACCUAUCUCUACUCGGCGUGCGUGGACGGUCUGAUUAUGCACCUCGAUGUUGACAAGUGUAACGGUUUUAUGGAGGUCAAGCGGGAUUUUCGCGGUGGAAACCCUUCUGUGAGAAGACAAAUAGCAGCGCAAAUGGCUGCAUUUAUCUAUGAGCAAGUUAGUACUCGCAAAUAG